AUCCCUAAGAUUAAACCACUUUCACAAGGACGUUCGUUCAUUCGCGACUUUUCUUGUUUUUGUAUAGUUUAGGUUUUGUUUUCUGGUCAGGGUAGGGCAUAGCUAUUUUUAAACAGGAGUUAAUACGUCAAUUUAAAAUCUAAUGAUGGAUGAUAUCGAGUUGAGGAGUAUUGAGCCUGAUCAGCCACUGAUACGAUCCCUUUCAAGGGCUGACUCAUUUAUACAACAGGAUGAUUUUGUAGACACUGAAUAUGGAUCUAUUUGUGUAGCUGUUCAGGGAGAUCGAAAUAAACCUGCAAUUUUGACAUACCAUGAUAUUGGUUUAAAUCAUGUGUCAAACUUUCAAGCUUUUUUCAACUACGUUGAUAUGCGCAUUCUAAUGCAGAGCUUCGCUAUUUAUCAUGUAAAUGCUCCCGGUCAGCAGGAAGGAGCACCAAAUUUCCCAGAAAACUAUAUUUAUCCAACUAUGGAUCAGUUGUCAGAAACCAUUCUCCCAGUGAUGAAAUUUUAUGGGUUGAAACAUUUCAUUGGUUUCGGUGUUGGAGCUGGCGCAAAUAUUCUUGCAAGAUUUUCGCUUGAGCAUCCAGAAUGUAUUGAUGGUUUGUUUCUUGUGAAUCCUACAUGCACGGUUUCCAGCUGGACUGAAUGGGGCUAUCAAAAACUGAAUGCAAUGCAUUUACGUUCGUCUGGAAUGACUGCUUCUUGUUUAGAUUACUUGAUGUGGCACCACUUUGGAAGACUUUUGGAAGAAAGAAGUCAUGAUUUAAUUUCAAUAUAUCGUCAAUACUUCAACACUUCAGUGAAUGCCUAUAAUCUUUCACUCUUUAUUGAUUCUUUUAUCAAGCGCACAGAUCUUGGAAUCAUUCGUGAAAUGGAUCCAGUUAAGAAGAAGGCAGCAAAAAAUUUUAAAUGCCACGUCUUACUACUUGCUGGUGAUUUAUCUCCUCACCUUGAAGACUCUGUAACUAUGAACAGCCGACUUGAUCCAACUAAUUCAACUUGGAUGAAGCUUUCAGGGUGUGGAAUGGUGCUUGAGGAGGAACCAGCUAAGGUUAGCGAAGUUUUUAGAUAUUUCCUACAAGGACUUGGUUAUGCACUGAAUCAGUAUCGGCGCAAAUCUUCAGCUGCUUCAUCUCUCAGUUGCGAAGCUAUAUCACCUGUAAAAGCUAAGCCAACACAUUCCGAAGACAGCUCAGCAAUGAAAUUAGAAGUGCACAUUGUCGAAAAUCCCAUCAGCAAAAUGGACGUACAGUGCUGAGUGUUGUAGCAUUUAAAUCUAUUUACAAGAACAUUUAUUAUAUUGAGCAUUUAUAAUUUAAACGAAACUAUUGCAUUGCUCUUGUUUUAUUAAAUCAGAUUAAUACAUAUUUAUAUAUAUACGUAUGUACAGUAUACUCUCAAUAUCUUAAAGUUGUAGAAACGAUACGAAAAUUUCGAGAUAACAAGUUCAGAACUAAAUAUGUUCUAAAACAUGGUGCGUAGCAUUUUUAAAAAGUGCUUCAAGAUGUUUAUGUUCCAUUUUUGUUAUUUAAAAGCCCUUAAAGGUGCUUUUUUUAUUGAGUGUUUUUAAAAAGUGUUUAAUUUUCCAUUUCCGAAAAUGAGAUUUUUUUCUUUAUCAUUUCGGUUUUCGGCACGUAUUAUGCAAAAGCGUGCUUUUUACAUUGUUCUAUUCAACGUUUUUGGAAUUCAUUCGAAAACGAUGUCUUUUGGCAUACUGUCGAUCUGUAGCGUAUGAAAGCGCCAAUCAUUUUACAUGUUUGAUUAAAAACUUACGGGUCCGCAUGUGCAUAUAUUGAACUGGGUUCGGUGAGAUUCUUGUAUUCUCAUGUGCAACUCUGCUACAUUUGCGCAGAUAUUCUCUAUUUCAGGCUUCAUUUUCCACACUCUGAAAUGUAACCGAAAACUCUCUCUAUCUUUUUAUGGUGGCUAAUGUAAUCAAGAAAAAGAGUUCUUAGUCAGAAACUAGUUAUUUUAUCAUGUAAAGUCUGAAAAUUAUUUUGCAUUUUGUUAAUGUAUAUAGUGCUUAAUAUUUUUUGAGUACUUAAAAAGAACUUAAAAUAUGCUUAUUUUUUGUUGAAAGAUUUGGCUACACACUCUGUAAAAAGUAGAAAGAAAUAUUCUAAAAUAUGACUCUUAAAACAUAAGAAGUCAUAAAACAUAAGAAUAACUUGUAAUAAAUAUGCAUAUAAUGAUAGCUGAUUAUAAGUCUAAAUACAACAACGAUAAUUUUAAUUUUUAAUAGUAAGACAAAAAUAAUUAUGCAUUAAAUAGAAAAGAAUUAGAGCACAAUAAACUUAUAUUGUGGUAUUUCCACAAAAGUUCUUUUUCUAUUUUGAAAAAAAUUUGGACAAAAUAAGGUAUUGUGAAAAAACUCUUUGACAUAGGCAUUUAAAUUUAUAUUAGGUGGAUAUGUAAUUCCUAGGAGUAAAAUAUUUUUUCGACGUAACAAGGUUUUCGAGAUAUCAAAGUUUGAGAUAUUGAGAGUUUACUGUGUAUAUAUAUGCAUGUUGGUUUUUUGCUUUUUGAAAUUAUGUUUUUAUAUAUUUUGUUUAAUGCCUUAUUGAUAAAGAAAAUGAAAAUUUCUGUGCAAUUUAAAUGUUUUUAUUUAAAUACUUAAAGGUGAAGGUAUAUUACGUUUGUAAAAUAUCUCAGUUGUAACUAAGUUGUUUUUAGACAAUUUAUUCAGGAAACCUUGACUGGACCAAUUAAAUUUUUUUUUUUUUUUAUUGAAAAUAGAUUCUGUUUUUCCUUCUUCCAGUGAGAAACACAGAUCAUAAGUUAUUGUUUGUCUGUAACAGAAUUUUUUUUCAUAAUUUACAGAUAUUUUUCAAUCUUUGAAAGUAACUCAUUUUUGUAAACAAAUAUUAACAAUAACUCCAGUCUUUUAUUUCAGUACUACGUCCCUUAUCCGGAUAUCUGUUUGCUGGAAGUUUUUUUUUUUUUUUUUUUUUUUUUUUUUUUUUUUUUUUUUUUUUUUUUUUUUUUUACACUUUUUAAUAAAUAAAACUCUUUUUCCUUUUAAAAAUAUUAUUAUUAUUAUUUUUUAAAUUUGUGACUUGUUUAUAAGAAUUCCUUGCUUUUCAGCUGAUUUACGCUUCUUUAUGAUUUUUACCAGACUUAAGAUUUUUGUUCGAUUUUAAUCAGAUUUCCGACUCAAUGUUUAAAAAAAAUUGGAUAUUGUGUAAGCUAAAUUCAACAUUUCAGUAGAACGCGAAGAAAAAUCGCCUAAUUUUUUUUCUCGUGUCGAAGCAUUAAAGGAUAUUUUUGAAAAUGUUUUGUA